UGCUCAUGAUGUUGAUCAAUUAUUUUCAGCUGCUACUACUACAGCUAGUGGUAAUUGGAUUUUACAGGGUCGAGACAUGUGGCAAAGACUUGGCAAAUGGCCCUUCUUCAAAUUCAUGUGCAAUUUGCCGUUCGCACGACUAUAAUUAUGAUCCACGCAGCGGAUCUUGCAGCAUCUUGGAGCAAGCCUGGACAGCUGCGAUCACGCCCGCGGAACUGUCACAUGUCACAUUUGGCAAUGAAUUUGCAGUGCCGUACCGUAGCUUGAUUACAGCCUCAGCCUGGAUAUCAGACGUUUAAGGAAAGUAAGAUGAAUUUGGGGCAUCGGGGCGAGCGCAGUUCCUGUGGGUACCCCUCAAAGGUUUCGAGGCGAACAGCCUACUACGGGUAUAAACUCGCCGCGACAGAUUUCAAGCAUGUGCUACUUAUGCCAAGCGGUGUGCCUGCAAAUGGAUAAUAUUAGAUGGUUUACUGCCUGAACGGAAAAGACUCAAGGAUGCAGACUGCUACUAGAGAUUCUCUGUUGAUAAUGCCUGGUGUUCGAGGUGUAGCCUCACGGACUUGAAAAUAAAUGAACAGUCGUCACAUAAGCCUCAACUUGUCACGGCAACGGUCCCACUUAAAGCUGAAGC